AUGACGUCAAAUUUGCGUCGCCCUUCUCUCUUUCUCCUCGCAGCUCUGCUGAUCACUUCGCCUUUCUUCUUCUCCUCAUCGUCGUCAGUUUCUGCAACUCAAGUGUACGCAGAGUCUCAGGCGUCGGAGCUUCUCGAGGGGUUUCACUUGUCCGCUGGAGACAGCAAGACACCUUCCACGAAGGAUUCUCGGAUGCCUUCGGCGGUGCAGAAUAGUGCUGAACGUUCUGUAAUGAAUCUUUCUCAAAAUGCUGGGCAUUAUAAGCUUCCCCGCUCUCGCGCUGCAAGCAUGUUUUAUUUUUUCUUUGAAUCAAAAAACAACAAAACGAAAGAUCCUGUUGUUUUGUGGUUGACUGGAGGACCAGGAUGCAGCGGCUCGACGGCAUUGUUCUAUGAAAAUGGUCCUUUCAAGAUUACAGAUAAUUUAUCUCUUGAGCAAAAUGAAUUCGGUUGGGACAAGGCCUCAAAUAUUUUAUUUGUCGAUCAGCCAAUUGGAACCGGUUUCAGUACUAGUUUGGAUGAACGUGACACUCAGUACAACGAAGAUGGUAUUAGUAAUGACUUAUAUGACUUCCUACAGGCAUUUUUUGCGGAGCAUUCCCAAUUUGUUAACAAUGACUUCUUCAUAAUUGGAGAAUCAUAUGCUGGGCAUUACAUUCCUGCUUUAGCUGCUCGAGUUCAAAAAGCAAACAAAGCAAAAGAAGGAAUUCAUAUAAACCUAAAGGGGAUUGCUGUUGGCAAUGGGCUCACGAAUCCGGAAAUCCAAUAUGAAUCACUCGCAGAGUAUGCAUUGUCCACGGGUCGAAUCUCAAAGGUUGAUUAUGAAGCCUUGAAGCAAAUGUUUCCACAAUGUCAACAACAAUUAAAGCUUUGCGCUGCUGACAAUGGAGGUGAAUCUGCUUGCAAAGCUGCAUAUGAUGCUUGCAUUCCCUUCUAUAUUAACGUCUCGAGCAUGGUGUUACAACGUGACAAUUUAAAUCGAUAUGACAUUAGAAAGCAAUGCAUAGGGAAGAUGUGCUACGACUUAUCCAACAUGGAGAAAUUCCUAAACCAAGCAGCGGUUAAGGCUGCUCUUGGCGUUGGCAACGUAAACUUUGUUUCUUGCAGCAUAAGUGUCUAUAAGGGUUUGAUAGGCGACUAUAUGAAGAAUCAAACUGUUAGCAUUCCUGAAUUGCUCGAGGAUGGAAUCAAGUUGCUUGUGUAUGCUGGGGAGUACGAUCUCACUUGCAACUGGAUCGGGAAUGAAAGAUGGGUUGACGCCUUGCUAUGGGCUGGUCAAAGAGAGUACAGAUUAGCUCCCUUUGUUCCAUUUACCACUGCUGGCACCAGAGGAGGAGAAGUGAAGAGCUAUGGGCCUCUCACUUUCUUCAAAGUGUAUAAUGCUGGCCACAUGGUUCCAAUGGAUCAGCCUGCAGUUGCAUUGGAGAUGUUGAGGAGAUGGACACUGGGAAAUCUUGUUUGA